UACUCCUUAAAAACCCAAAAAUACAACUAAAAAUCACUAAAAACCAAUAUAAACCCCUUAAAACCACUAAAUCUUGAAAAGCAAUGUAUAAAUAUAUCUAAUAGAGCUCCUUCUCCUUCACUUCACUUCACUGCAGUCACCUUCCGGUAUGUUUGCUUCCCAUUCUGAAGGACACUUAACAAGCUUGUUUCGGUACUUAGAUUUCACGUUCUCUUUUUCUCAAUCAUGGCCAGACCCCAACAACGCUAUCGUGGAGUCCGCCAAAGGCACUGGGGCUCUUGGGUCUCUGAAAUUCGCCACCCUUUAUUGAAAACUAGAAUUUGGCUUGGAACCUUUGAAAAGGCUGAAGAUGCAGCGAGAGCAUAUGAUGAAGCAGCUAGACUCAUGUGUGGACCAAAAGCACGCACCAAUUUCCCAUACAACCCCAAUGAACCACGCUCAUCCUCAUCCAAGCUUCUCUCUGCCACUUUAACGGCUAAGUUACACAAGUGUCACACGGCCUCACUUUCAUUUCGUGUAACCUAAAGACCAAUGUAAAAUGUUGGCAAAAUUUCGUGAAAUUUUAGAUAUGUUGAUUAAAAUUUAUAAGUUCAAUAUACUAAUGAAAGUGAAUCUUCUUGAAUGGGAUAGGGUCAAACCUUGAAUACAAAAGAGAUCAAAGUGAUUAUUCAAGAUUACUAAAACUGUGUGAACAAUUUCAGCAUAUAUACACAGGGAUCGAGAUUGAAUUAAUUCACCACACAUCAAUGUUGAGUACAAGAGAGGAGUAAAAUAAUUUAUACAAUUUGCACAACGUAAUAAGGGUUGAAGUGAUAAUGAAGUGAAGAUUGGAUCUCUUUGUGAUAACUAUUUGAAUGGGAGAAAGUUGAAUGCAUUCGAAAUUAAGGAGCAUUUUAUUUCUGAUGGUUUCCUUCAAAGUUAUACAACAUGGACAUGGCACGAUGAAUUAAUAGACUUUCCAUUAGUCUCCCAAACUGAACAUGUAGUAGUAGUAACAUGAUCACCAUCAUCAUUAUCUCUUUCUCUUUGCUUACCCUUUUUGUCUUUGUUCUUUUUCUUCCACAAAAAACAGUUCUUCUUUAUAUGCCCUGUUUUGUGACAAUAGUGACACUCCACAUUCUUGUAUCGAGACUUGGACUUGCUCCUGCUUUUAUCUCUACCACUGUUUUGUUCUUUCUUUUGGCUUCUCCCCCUAUUCUCUAUAAUAAGCACUUCUGAAUGAGAUGAAGUACCCUGUGUCUUCUCAUUAAGAGCACCACUCUUUGCCAUUUGCAAAGAAAUAUCACCAUUAGGGGUAGCACUUAUCAUGGAAACUCGAAAUGUCUCCCACGAAUAUGGUAAAGAGUUUAAUAAGAAUAAGCCCAGUAGAUCAUCAUCAAAUUUUAUACCCACUCUUGCUAAUUGAUCAUAGAGUCCUUGAAAUUCAGUUAAGUGAUUUGAAACAGGAGUUCCUUCCUUGUACUUCAACUCCACAAAAUUUUUCAGCAAGUACAAUUUAUU